AUGGGAGGAGCGGUGCCAGAUGAGGUGUCAGGCGGGGCGAUGGCUCCAGAUGGAGGGUGGGGCUGGGCGGUCCUGGGGGGCUGCUUUGUCAUCACUGGCUUCUCCUACGCCUUCCCCAAAGCAGUCAGCGUUUUCUUCAAGGAGCUUAUCAGGGAGUUCGGCGUGGGUUACAGUGACACCGCCUGGAUCUCUUCCAUCCUGCUGGCUAUGCUCUAUGGGACAGGCCCUCUCUGCAGUGUGCUAGUGAACCGUUUUGGUUGUCGGCCAGUGAUGAUGGUGGGUGGUGUCUUCGCCUCCCUGGGGAUGAUCCUGGCUUCGUUUUCUUCCAGCAUCCUUCACAUUUACCUGUGCACCGGGAUCAUCACAGGUCUGGGUCUGGCCCUGAACUUCCAGCCCUCGCUCAUCAUGCUGAACCGCUAUUUCAGUGAGCGCCGGCCCCUGGCCAAUGGGCUGGCAGCAGCGGGGAGCCCGCUGGCUCUGUGCUGCCUGUCCCCUCUGGGCCAGCUCCUACAGGAUCACUACGGCUGGCGGGGGGGCUUCCUCAUCCUGGGGGGGAUGCUGCUCAACUGCUGCACCUGUGGGGCGCUCAUGAGGCCCCUGGCGCCCCGCUGCCGGGGCACCACAGCGGGGCAGGGGAGCGGACAGAGGUCGCGAGCCAAGCUGCUGGACCUCAGCGUGCUUAAGGACAGGGGCUUCCUGGUGUAUACAGUUGCUGCCGCAGUCAUGGUGCUGGGGCUCUUCGUGCCGCCAGUCUUUGUGGUCAGCUACGCCAAGGAGCUGGGCAACACAGACACCAAGUCAGCACUGCUGCUGUCCAUUUUGGGCUUCAUCGACAUCUUUGCGCGCCCAGCCUGCGGCGCAGUUGCAGGGCUGCAGCGGGUGCGACCGCAGUGUGUCUACCUCUUCAGCUUCGCCAUGGUCUUCAACGGUGCCACAGACCUGCUGGGCUCGCUGGCACAUGGCUACUCAACACUCGUGGUGUUCUGCAUUUUCUUUGGCAUCUCCUAUGGCAUGGUGGGCGCCCUGCAGUUUGAGGUGCUGAUGGCCGUCGUGGGCACUGACAAGUUCUCCAGCGCCAUCGGCCUGGUGCUGCUGAUGGAGGCGGUUGCCGUGUUGGUGGGGCCGCCCUCCGCAGGGAGGUUACUAGAUGCCACUGGGGAUUACAUGUAUGUGUUCCUGUUAGCCGGGAGUGAGGUGGUCCUGUCUGCCCUGCUGCUUGCAGCAGGCAAAUUUUUGUUUAUCGGGAGGAAGUCGCACAAUCCCGAGACAUCCGUGGAGGAGGAGCCACUGAACAAGGGGGCAAGGGGGGAGUGUCGGAAGUGGGACCUGUGGGAAAAUCGGCCAAUCAGCAUCCUGGUAGACUCCUGGGAGGUGGAGAGGUUCCUGAAAGAGGACACGCUGUGUAACGGCCACGCCAUUGCCAACCCAGAGACCCGCCUUUGA